ACAGAAAAUGUCUAAAUCUACUUGCAUCCGAACUGCCGUUUUGGUUUGGAUAUCCAUCGUUAACAACAGCAGCACCACCAACAGAUGAAGUUGAAACAGUGAUGAUAAUGGCUUCGCUCCUCGCCUCCUCCCCAUUUCCCAGUCUUACAUACAGUAGGACUUCUACUGCGACAACAAGAUCCUCCUCCUCCUCCUCCUCCUCCUCCUCCUCUAAUCAUCACCACCACCAAUCUUAUAAUGAUAAUGUAAUUCCUUCUCUCUCCUUCCGCCAUCGCCAUCGAUGGGGUGGUAGGCCUCCGCUAUCCUCAUCCACCUCAAAGAGAACCACCACUUUCCUCCCUCUCCUAGGUGAAACCAGACCUAGCCCCCCACGUGCCAAACCCAAGGAACUCAUCCUGGGGAACCCUUCUGUCACAGUCGAGAAAGGUAAAUACAGCUAUGAUGUCGAGACGCUUAUAAACAAGCUCAGCAGCCUGCCCCCUCGUGGCAGCAUAGCCCGCUGCCUCGAUGUCUUCAAGAACAAACUCUCUCUCAAUGACUUUGCCCUUGUGUUCAAGGAGUUUGCCCAUCGUGGCGAUUGGCAGCGCUCUCUCCGCCUCUUCAAGUACAUGCAGCGCCAGCUCUGGUGUAAGCCCAAUGACCACAUCUACACCAUUAUGAUAGGCAUCCUCGGCCGUGAGGGGCUACUUGACAAGGCCCAGGAAAUAUUCGAUGAAAUGCCUUCCCAUGGCGUCCCCCACUCUGUUCUCUCCUUCACUGCUCUCAUCAAUGCAUACGGCCGCAAUGGCCACUACCGCACCUCACUUGAUCUCCUCCACCGCAUGAAGACCUCCGACAAGAUCCCCCCCACCAUCCUCACCUACAACACUGUCCUCAGUGCCUGUGCCCGUGGUGGCCUUGAUUGGGAGGACCUCUUGGGCCUUUUUGCUGAGAUGAAGCACCAGGGCAUCCAGCCUGACCUUGUCACCUUCAACACUUUGCUCAGUGCCUGCGCCGCCCGCAGCCUUGGCGAUGAGGCCGAGAUGGUCUUCCGGAGCAUGAAUGAAGCUGGCGUUGUCCCUGAUGUCACCACUCACACCUACCUCGUCGAGACCUUUGGGAAACUGGGCAGGCUCGGAAAGGUCUCCGAACUCCUCGGGGAGAUGGAAUCUGAUGGCAAUCUCCCUGACACCACUUCCUACAACGUGCUGUUAGAGGCACAUGCCUGUUCUGGCUCCAUGAAAGAGUCAAUGGAUGUAUUCAGGCAGAUGAAGGCGGCAGGAUGCACGCCGAAUGCCACCACCUAUAGCAUCCUGUUAAAUUUGUAUGGGAGGAACGGGCGGUAUGAUGAUGUGCGGGAGCUGUUCCUGGAAAUGAAGGUCAGCAGCACUGAGCCGGAUGCUGCGACUUACAAUAUCCUUAUACAGGUUUUCGGGGAGGGCGGAUAUUUUAAAGAGGUUGUGACUCUGUUCCAUGAUAUGGUGGAGGAGAAUGUGGAGCCCAACAUGGAGACAUAUGAAGGUCUGAUAUUUGCUUGCGGGAAGGGUGGGCUCCACGAAGAUGCAAAACGGAUCCUGUUGCAUAUGAACAGCAAGGGAUUGGUGCCCAGUUCCAAGGCUUACAGCGGAGUCGUCGAAGCAUUUGGACAGGCUGCUUUAUAUGAGGAAACUCUUGUCGCAUUUAACACAAUGAAUGAGGUUGGCAGUAAGCCAACUGUGCACACCUACAACUCGCUGAUACAUGCAUUUGCUAGAGGUGGACUUUAUAAGGAGUCCCAAGCAAUCUUGUGGAGGAUGAAUGGUUCGGGAGUCGCACGGAAUGCAGAUUCAUUUAAUGGCCUGAUUGAAGCUUUCAGCCAGGGGGGCCAGUUUGAAGAUGCUUUGAAAGCUUAUUUAGACAUGGAGAAGGCAAGAUGCAAUCCUGACGAGCGGACGCUCGAGGCACUCUUGCAUGUUUACUGUUCUGCAGGUCUUUUAGAGGAGAGUAGAGAGCGCUUCUUGGAGAUUCAGGCAUCAGGAAUUAUGCCUAGCAUUAUAUCCUACUGCUUGUUACUGUCAGUCUAUACGAAAAGCGACAGGUGGGAUAAUGCUUAUGAGCUGUUGGAAGAAAUGAAGACAAAUAGGGUUUCCAACCCUCAUCAAGUGAUCGGAUCAAUGAUUAAGGGGGAGUAUGAUGAUGACUCUAACUGGCAGAUGGUAGAGUAUGUCUUUGACAAAUUCAACUCCCUAGGUGUUGGUUGGGGACAGAGGUUCUACAAUUCACUUCUAGAAGCUCUUUGGUGGUUGGGCCAAAAGGAACGGGCUGCAAGAGUACUCCGUGAAGCAAUGAAGCGUGGGCUUUUUCCCGAACUGUAUCGCCAAAGCAAGCUCGUGUGGUCUGUGGAUGUGCACAGGAUGUCUGUGGGUGGUGCUCUUACAGCCAUUUCUGUUUGGCUUAAUAACAUAUAUCACAUGUUUAGAAAUGGCGACGAUCUUCCUCACCUGGUGACUGUUGUAGUAGUACGCGGGGACAUGGAGAAGAGCUCUGUAACAAGAGGGUUUCCUGUGGCGAAAGCGGCCUAUUCAUUCCUCAAGGAUAACGUAUCAGCAUCAUUCUGUUUUCCUGGAUGGAACAAGGGAAGAAUCAUCUGCCACAGGCCUCAGUUGAAACGUCUUCUUUCGAAUCCGGAACAAUCUGCAGCUAUGCUGGAAUUGGUCACCAUUACCAAUUCAGAUUUUCCACUUCCUGGGACCAGAAUUUUCACUAGAGAGACUGGAACUGAUGAAAAUGUCAUAGGAUCAGAUUCUGAAACAGAUGUUAGAACAAGAACAGAGCUUCUAGCGACUGCAAUAUGAGUGGAGGAAAUCUUCUACUUCUUGUUGUUGAUUUUUUUUUUUGUUUGGCAGAUGGGAUUUUUGUUUUGUUACUCUAGAUGCUUA